AGUUUACCUGUAUGUGAACUUCUGUCGCGGUAUCUUAAAAUCUGCAAAAAUAAAAUCUACCCGUGUGUGUCUAGAGUCGAGGCGACGUAAGAAGUGGUGUCUCUACGUUUGCAAGGAAAUUGGCGACGUAAGCAGUGGUGUUAUCAAGUUAUUUUGACCGGUGCAAGAAUUUGUCGGAUCCUCACGGAUAAUUUUGCAAUAUAAAAGACCAUUAGACGAUGCGGUUGUCUCCACGUGAGCAGGAAAGCCUGCUGGUGCAUCAGUGCGGGGCUCUUGCUCAGAAACGACUGGCUCGUGGGGUGCGACUUAACCAUCCUGAGGCAGUUGGUUUGAUCGCAUCUCAGAUUCAAGAAUACAUACGAGAUGGGCUGACAGUCUCCGAACUAAUGUCUAAGGGCAGGGAAAUGUUAGAAUUUGAAGAAAGUCGCUCUGUUUUCCGAGCCGUCUUUUUAGUUUGUGUUGGUGUUGUUGUUGUUAUUUUAAACAAAAAUUUCUGGGGUUGCGAAAGAUCUGAGAUAGGGACGAGCGGCUUCCUGACUGACACCUGUACAUAUUAUACAAAGAGUUACCUCCCAUUUCUUGAUCGUGAGUACAAAGAGUUGCCUCCCAUUUCUGUUUCGUCACCACUCGUAGUCUGUUUUGCGGCAACAUAUUCUAACCUUGCAGUACAGACUCCGACCAACAAGUCUAAAGAGUGGAAGAUGGGCGAGUCAAUUGAAGGAAUUCAGCAAAUUAAGGAUGUCAAGUUGUAUUUCCAUAAUUUUCAGGUAACUGUUCAUAAUCCGAUCAGUCGUCAGGACGGCGAUCUUUAUGUUGCCUUGUAUGGGAGUUUCCUACCAGUUCCAAGUCUCGAAGUCUUCGAGAAAUCGGGUGACAAAAAGAAUGACGAGCAUGUAGAGGCUCCCAUGAAAGUAACACCGGGAGAAAAGUUCCCUAAGGAUGGGACCAUAGAGUUAAACAAAGGUCGGGAGAGAAAAUCCCUCAAGGUGGUCAGUAAAUGUGAUCGUCCUAUACAGGUAGGCUCUUCAGCAACGUUGGGGAAACCCCACAACAACUUUAUUGAGACCAACAAGCGACUUUUCUUCGACAGAGCAGCAGCAUACGGGUUUCGUCUGAACAUUCCGGCUGGCACGUCCAUACGAUUCGAGCCUGGGGAAGAACGCAGCGUGGACCUGGUAAAGAUCGGCGGAAACAGAAUCAUUCGUGGCGGAAAUGGUUUGUGUGACGGUAAGGUCAGCGAAGAAAAUCUCAGCCUCUUUAGUGAUACGAAGCCCAAACAGACCAUGACUUUAACAAAGAGACAGUAUGGUUACCUGUACGGACCAACAGUCGGCGAUCAGCUGAGGCUCGGAGAUACCAGUCUUGUUUUAGAAGUGGAAAAAGAUUUUACAGUAUAUGGAGAUGAGUUGAAGUUCGGAGGAGGAAAGUCUCUCCGCGAGGGGAUGGGCCAACAGGCCAACAGAACCAAUCAGCAGUGGGAUGUACUAGAUACAGUUAUAACAAACGCCCUCAUUAUUGACUCUGUGACUGGUAUAAUAAAGGCAGACAUUGGUAUCAAGAAUGGUAACAUUGUAGGCAUCGGUAAAGCCGGGAACCCGGAUGUAAUGGACGGUGUAACACCGGGUAUGGUAGUCGGUGCCGGAACAGAAGCCAUUGCAGCAGAGGGCCUUAUUGUUACCGCCGGUGCACUGGACGCGCACGUGCACUUUAUCUGCCCGCAGCUUGCACGUGAAGCUGUCGCUUCUGGUAUAACAACCAUGUUUGGUGGUGGGACAGGUCCGGCUACAGGGUCCAAUGCAACGACAUGUACACCUGGUCCAAACCACAUGAGGGACAUGCUUCAAAGCACAGACGUUUUCCCGCUUAAUUUUGGAUUCACUGGCAAAGGCAAUUCAUCCUGGUCGGACGGCUUGGCACAGGAUUUAGAAGAGCAGAUCAAGGCGGGUGCCAUAGGAUUGAAACUACACGAGGACUGGGGUACAACACCAAUGGCUAUCGACACGUGUCUGAAAAUUGCCGACAAAUAUGAUGUUCAGGUAACAAUUCACACCGACACACUUAACGAAUCUGCGUGCGUCGAAGAGUCUAUCGAAUCGUUCAAAGGGCGGACUAUCCACACGUACCAUUCUGAAGGAGCGGGAGGUGGUCACGCUCCAGACAUCAUCCGUGUGUGUAGCGAGAAAAACGUGCUGCCUUCAUCGACGAAUCCCACCAGGCCUUACACCGCUAAUACAAUUGAUGAACAUCUUGAUAUGUUGAUGGUGUGUCAUCAUCUAGAUAAGAACAUCAAAAAUGACGUCGCCUUUGCGGAGUCUCGGAUUCGUGCCGAGACGAUAGCUGCAGAAGAUAUCCUCCAUGAUCUGGGUGCAAUCAGCAUCAUGGCUUCAGACUCACAGGCCAUGGGGCGUAUUGGUGAAGUAAUUUGCCGCACGUGGCAGACAGCUGACAAAAUGAAAUUAUUCCGCGGACGUUUGGCAGGCGAGAAGGGCGAGAAUGACAACCUAAGAAUAAAGCGGUAUGUAGCAAAGUACACUGUGAAUCCUGCCAUCGCUCACGGUAUGGACUCCAUCAUCGGAUCCAUAGAGGUUGGAAAGCUGGCAGAUAUUGUUAUUUGGCACCCGGCUUUCUUUGGCGCUAAACCAGAAAUUAUAAUCAAAGGAGGACAGAUUGCCUGGAGCCAGAUGGGCAUGCCGAAUGCGUCUAUUCCAACUCCUGAACCGGUCAAACAACGGAAGAUGUUUGGGGCAUACGGGAAGUGUGUUGGUCCACAUUCUGUGGCUUUCAUAUCACAGGCGUCUGUAGAGAAUGUAACCACGUACGGCCUAGCUAAGAGACUCAUACCUGUGACCGGAUGUAGACAGUUAACAAAAAGCAACAUGGUGUUAAAUGACUAUCUACCAAUACUUACAGUGGACCCAUACUCAUACAAGGUGCACAUUGUGACAAAGAAGGACGGGAAGGAAGAAAAAGAACAUCUGACCUGUCCGCCUGCAUCUAGGCUAUCUCUUGCGCAGAGAUACUUCUUAUUCUAGAUCUGCUAGUGGGCAACGCUAUAUACCAUAAACAGAAACGCGACAUGACUAUUUUCUCGCAGAACCUCGUGUUACAUUGUUAUUUGUAUCCUAAUGAAGCGUUUCACUGUUUCCGUAAUAACGUCAUAGUUACCAGGCGCUUAUUGAUUGAGAAGGGACUAAUUAAUAUUAUAUUCA